GGGGCCUCCGGCGCGGGAAGAGGCGGCGGGAGAAUGGAGGUGCAGGAGAGCGGCGAUGGCGCGGGCGAGCGCCGGGCCCAGGACCCUGGCCCCGCCCCCAGCAAGGGCCCGGGCAGCGCCGGCCACUACGAGCUGCCGUGGGUGGAAAAAUACAGGCCAGUGAAGUUGAAUGAAAUCGUCGGGAAUGAAGACACAGUGAGCAGGCUGGAGAUCUUUGCAAGAGAAGGAAACGUGCCCAAUAUUAUCAUCGCUGGCCCCCCAGGAACCGGCAAGACUACAAGCAUCCUGUGUUUGGCCCGCGCCCUGCUGGGCCCGGCAUUCAAGGAUGCUGUUUUGGAGCUCAACGCCUCCAAUGACAGGGGCAUUGAUGUGGUGAGGAACAAGAUCAAAAUGUUCGCGCAGCAGAAGGUCACGCUUCCCAGAGGGCGGCACAAGAUCAUCAUCUUGGACGAAGCAGACAGCAUGACUGAUGGAGCCCAGCAAGCCUUGAGGAGGACCAUGGAAAUCUACUCCAAAACGACUCGCUUUGCCCUCGCCUGUAAUGCUUCCGAUAAAAUCAUAGAGCCCAUCCAGUCCCGCUGUGCCGUCCUCCGCUACACGAAGCUGAGCGACGCCCAGGUCCUCGCCCGGCUGCUGGCGGUGCUGGAGCAGGAGAAGGUCCCCUACACCGACGACGGCCUGGAAGCCGUCAUCUUCACGGCGCAGGGAGACAUGAGGCAGGCGCUGAACAACGUGCAGUCGACCUUCUCGGGAUUUGGCUUUAUCAACAGCGAGAAUGUGUUCAAGGUCUGCGACGAGCCCCACCCCUUGCUAGUGAAGGAGAUGCUCCAGCACUGCGUGAACGCCAACAUUGACGAGGCCUACAAGAUUCUCGCUCACCUGUGGCAUCUCGGCUACUCGCCGGAAGACAUCAUUGGCAACAUUUUUCGAGUGUGUAAAACCUUCCAGAUGGCGGAGUACUUGAAACUGGAGUUCAUCAAGGAAAUCGGAUACACGCAUAUGAAGAUAGCAGAAGGCGUGAACUCCCUCCUGCAGAUGGCAGGGCUCCUGGCCAGGCUGUGUCAGAAGACAAUGGCCCCGGUGGCCAGUUAGGGCAAGAGAACUCGUUGCUGGGGAUGACGAGGGUCCUGAGAAUCCUCGUCUGGGAGGGACAGGAGUCGGGGCCUACCUGUCUGGAGAGAAGGCUGCCCUCGCCCGUGGCCUUCACUCCACGUCCGUGAGUGUCUGCAGUCAGCCUCUGACUCACAGACGCAGUGACAGGGUGACCGGCGCCCAGAGAACCUCAGGGCUUGGCACCCGACCUGGCUUCAUUAAUAAAAAGGCUGUUUGGUUUCGUCGGCGCUAAGGCGGCGUCGCCGGGCCACGAGGAGAACCGGCGUCCCGUCUCUGAGUGUCCCCAGCGUCUGGCAGGUGGAACAGGUGAUGGAGAGAGUCGGCUGGUGAAACUAAUGUCCGUGCUUCUAGAAGCCUGGAGGACAGUUCUGUGGGGUAUGGGACGGAGACGGACGUCCCAGAACAGCCUGGGACAGUGAGGCCUUCAGAGAGGACCGGCAGGGGUCACCGGGGACAGUGGUGUGACUCCUGCCCACUGGCCUUCUCUGUUCCCCAGUAAAUUCUCUGUUACCUCGUA